GUGAUAGUUUUAUCUUAAAAAUGUGGUUGUUAGGAAGAUAUAUCAGAUCUCUGAUGUCUCCUGUAUGGAAUGGAGAAAGCUGUAAAAUGGUGAUAGUAGUCCGGUCAGAUUUACCUAUGGGAAAAGGCAAGGUUGGUGCUCAAUGUGCUCAUGCUGCGCUGGAAUGCUGCCGUCAGACCUUAAAUAACGAAAAGAAGCAGCAAAUGUUUCGCUCUUGGUUACAAAUUGGACAGCCUAAAAUUGUUCUUAAAAUACAAAACGAAGAGGAAUUGUUGAACCUAGCCGAUAAGGCUCAACAUGCCGGUCUAAUUACCGCUAUAAUAAAAGAUGCCGGUAGGACUCAGUUGAUGCCUGGCACAAUCACAGUUGUCGGUAUAGGACCAGGAUCCAAUGAAGUUAUAGAUAGCCUUACGUCAAAAUUAAGAUUAUUAUAGUAUUCAUUUAUGCAUCAAUUGGUAUACUUUAUAGGUUCUUUUUAAUACCAAGAUAUUCAAACUGGGAUGAAAAAUUGAUAGUAUCUGGAAUUAUCAAGAUAAGUUAAAAAAAUUUUUUUUUCAUACAUAAGAUAAAAAUUUUGUUAUUAUUGUAAAGAUUGUAACGUAAAUUUUGAAGUGUGUUAAACAUAAUCUGUUAAGAAAGCAUGCAGUGUUGUGUACAUACAUAGAAAUAAAAAUCAAUUUUGGGUUGUGUGUAAUAUAAAUUGUAUAUUUUUCUCUUUAGAGUAUUAAUUGCGGACGUAUGAAAAAAUUUGUUUAAAUUAGAUACAUAAUCAUUAUUAUAAAGAUAAUCGAAUUUUAUGAUCCUGGAUCGUGCAUCCUGGCAGAAAGAUCAAUUGAAUAAGACAUUACCACCUAGAUGAUUCAGUGGCGUAAUAAUAAGUUUUAUUAUACUAAAAUAAUGUCUCCAUUGUUGCUAAUAUUAUCGUUCCCAUUCAUUUGUGAAUGGUAUCUCAAAAUACUUUAAAGACACAUAUAAUCUGCAUAAGUAAAUUAUAUAGAUACACGCUAUACUGCCUUCAUAUAUAUCGUAAGCAUAAUUUAUAUAACGUUUGAAUAUAUGUGCCUUUGAAAAAAUAUACUUAAAACUCUAAAUACAAUUUUGCUAAACACAAUUGUCAAGGAAAAAUAGACUAUACUAAAGCUUGCUUUCUCAUUCCGAGAGUGAGGGUGUAGAUAUUAGAAAUAUAAAUAUAUCAUAAAGAUUUCACCGAUCUCACGUUAUAUACACAUGUGCUGCGGCAUUAAAAUAUUCCCAAGAAAGUGUAUACCACCGUACUAUAUCUAAGUUAUUACAAGAUUGAGCAAUAAUAGUGUAACAGGAAAACGCGCACUCACAGCUCCCUAUAAUCCUGCUAGUCAGUAUAAUUUUAUACAUACAGUACCACAUACGCGACUCUUUCUCUCUCUCUUAAACCACGCAAUUGGAAUCAAAUUGUUACGAAAGUUAUAUAAGUAUUUUAUUUCCCACCAUUCUCAUCCAAGCGCACAUCGCAGAAUACUCCUCGUUGAAGUAAAUAUGGAAUAAUUACAAGAUGCAAUGGCGAAUUAACGACGGCAUCGAAAAAAUGUGUGCCUUAUUCGUGAGUUUCCGAUGAUUCUUACGUGUACACACAUAGGAUGUGCUUGGGAGGG